AUGGCAACCGCUCACACCGCGCGGCAAAAUCACAGCUACUCUAGCAGUGUCGCCAACACUAGGCAGGCACAGCUCACAAAUGCCUACUCGUCACUAGCCCAGGAGCUCGCCAGCGAUAGCCUCAAGGUCGUUGGCGGGUACACGCUCGGCAAGGUCAUAGGUGAAGGGACGUUUGGCUCUGUGCACAUUGCGUGCCACCGGCUCACGGGGAUGCGAUGCGCCAUCAAGAAGGUUGCCAAAGCCUCGACACCGCAGCUCACGCGCGAGAUCCACCACCACCGUCGCCUGCACCACCCCCACAUUGUCCACCUCCAUGAGAUCAUUGCGACGGAAAACCACAUCUGGCUGGUUUCCGAGCUAUGUCCCGGCGGGGAAUUGUUCGACUACCUCGUUGAGCGCGGGCGCAUCCUCGAGGGCGAAGCCAGACGCAUCUUUGGCGAGCUAUGCACGGCAGUCGGGUGGCUCCAUCGACAGGGCAUUGUUCACCGCGACCUCAAACUCGAAAACGUGCUUCUCGACGGGGAACUGGGCGUCAAGCUUGGCGAUCUCGGCUUCGCUCGCGAGUACCAGAAGGGCAGAUUGAUGGAGACCUUCUGUGGCACGACGGGCUACGCGUCUCCCGAGAUGCUGGCCGGCAAGAAGUACCUCGGUGUCGCGACAGACAUCUGGUCCCUCGGCAUCAUCCUCUACACGUUGUUAUGCGGUGGCCUCCCCUUCGACGACGAUGACGAGCGCGUGAUGAGGGACCUGAUCAUCAAGGGCGAAUACGAAGAGCCCGAAUGGAUCACGGAGGAUGCGCGCUCUCUCAUCCGCGGCAUGCUCCAGAGCAACCCCGACAAGCGCUUGAGCAUGGAGAGCAUCCUCACUCACCCCUGGUUCAAGAAGACGAUCUACGACAACAUUCAGAACGCCUCAUCCACCAUCUCCCUUCCUCCCUCUGGUCCCACGUCGCCCGUUACACAUCCCAUGGCCUCGACCGAGUCUAUCAUCAACAGGAAACGCCCCUCAACGUCGUCAAUAUCCUCCUUCCCGUUCACCCCUCGCGCCUCGUCUGGGCCGCAGCUACCAGUCACGCAGGAGCCGUCGGAGAUGGCGGCGUCUCCAGAGGGCGAGUCGGAACCGUCCGAGACGUCUUUCGAGAAGUCAACCAGCGGUGACACGUCGCCGACCACUGCUGAAAACGAGGAGGAGACGGACAUGAAGCGGAUACACAGCGGCAAGACCAGCCUGACGGAGAGCGCGCUCGAGCUCGCGCACAAAAACAGCUCUGAGACCACGUUACGCAAACCCGACUCGUUGCGGGAGCGUUUGGCUCGGAUGAGUUUGGAGGGUCCGCGAGAGGAGGAUGAGCUCGAGGCUACGUCUCGAGCGGACAAGCGCCUGAGCGCCUCGAGCCUGCCCAUGAUCGACGAGCACUCGUUAGCGCUCCCUGUGGCCGACCACUCGCGCACGCCUGUGCGAACUAAGCGCCGGUCUCUGACCUCCCAACUUCCAUUGGAACGACGACUGUCACAUCACAGCAUUUCGAGCCAGUGGCAGGCGUUCGUCUCCAACGACUACUUUUCUCUACUCAAGGCGGACCUACCGCCAUUGUUCUCAACACCGUCCGAGAAGCUUCUCGUCCAACGACUGAGCGACCUUGGUUUCGACAUUGGCCAACUUAUGCACUCGGUCAAGACGGACGCGUGCGACUCGAGUAGUGCGAUGUGGUGGAUCCUGCGCCUCAAGCAGCUUGAGCGUGGAGAGACGGACGAUGCGGUGCUAGCCAAGCGUGAGAAAGAGCUGAAGAGGAAGGAGAAGUCGAGGAAGAAGAACGAGGAGAAGGAUAGGGUCGAGGAGGAAGCUGCUGGCAUUCCGACUCCGGAGCCUCUCUCAAGCGACCAGUUGGCGUUGCGCAUCUCGUCAUUCGCAGCUGACCGUUCCACCAUGAAGACGCCUGAGUUACUGCUCCCGCCAUCCAUCGCCAAUCCGCCCAGACCUCUGUCUUCACACUCGAUACAAUCCGCAAACUCGGCUCUCUCCGGCCUGACGAACCAGCUCGAGCGAUCCAUCUCGCCACCUACGUCGAACACCACUGUUGUGGCCCCGUCGCCCACCCAAACUGAGCAGUCGCCAUCCAAGGAGCCGCGCACCAAAGCGCGCUCUCAGUCCAUCAACAUGCUUCAACGUGCAACGUCGAUGCUCCUCCCAGGCAUCCGGCGGACAGAUGUGGAUCACAAACCUGGAGUACAGGACUCGUACUCUCCACAUUCGCACUCUCCGCACGGGGCCGCCGAGAAGUCUGGCCACCCAGACCACAACGGACAGCAGAGCCAAUUGCGCGUCGUGACGCCAGAGCCAUCCACGGAGGCCGUCAAGCGCGGUGACUCGCCUUCCAAGACAGGCAACAAUAGCAAGCUUGGUGUCCCGCUGAUGUCCAAGUUGACGAUGAGCGAAAGCGACCCGACACUGCUGAUCCUCGCCACGGCCAAUAACCAGGGCCAGGGACAUCUGAACACGCCACCAAACGCGUCUCCCACACGGUCCUUGAACUACGGCACGCCGACGGCUGGGACACCCGAAGCGGGCACUUCAAAACAGACCACGUCUACCAAUGGGGCGCCGGCAGCGAAGAAGGACUCGAUAUGGAGUACCUUCCGCCAUCUGUUCAACGAGGACCGCCGGCGUCGGAAGCGGGAGGCUGUCGCAGCGAACAAAGCUCCGCCCGUGAUACCGACGCGGAGUGCUCGGCCAGCAGUCAGUCGCGCAGGACCACCUUCGGCUUCUCGCAGGGCGAGCUACGACGGAACGCGGCCGAUGUUCUCUCACCGCUCGAGUAGUGUCAACAGCCGCCGGUCGUCCAUCGCCUCCAACAGCGUGCCGCCAGAGUUCAUCAUCAACUUGCACGAUGGGCUCAGCCACAAUCUGGGGCGGCGGACGAGCGGGCGAUCUGUACGCAGCACAGGCACCGAGACCCCUAAUUCUGAACGUGACGGACCAAGUCGUGCUGGCUCAGUUCACUCGCGUCGCGGCGGUGGCAGUCGACGGAGCUCGAUCCGAACGCCGACAUUCAACGGCGACGGCUCAAACAGAUUCCGGCCCGGGCCACCCGCAUCGCCGUUGAACGACUAUCAUCGUCGCUCGGCCUCCGGUUCGGCAUCCACACGUGUCCGGCACAUCAAGGUCCUUCACGAAGCCAAGUCGAUAAGGCCCAACUCGGUGGCCUCGAGCGUACGCUCAAAUGCGUCGUCACGCGCGUCAUCUAUUCUGGGCCGCGACGACGAGAGUGAUGACGAUGGGACAGGCCAGCGCCGUACGUCGCUCUCGGAUGAUGUGAGCCGCGUGCGCUCCCCGUUGUCCCGGGGCAUGGCGAUCGGUCGUGGAAAGCCGCCUCUACGCGAUGUGUUCAGCAAGCGCAAUGACGACGACGACUGGAUAUCAGAGGACGACGAGUUUGCUGGUGGGCUUGGCCAGGGAGCGUGGUCGUACGGUGCCACAGCCAAGUGGAGCUCGGCGAGCGUGCGCCCGAGCUCAGUUGAUGGAGCCACGGGCGGCACGUCCGCGGCAUCCAGGUUCACUACGACUGCGUCCGGCAAGAAAACGGUCGGGGACGCAAUCGCGCCAGUUUGUAUGGCGAGUGCGACCCCCAGUUCGAGCCAAAGCUCUGGCUCGGGAGCAAGCCGCCGCGAUGUAGGGCGCAGGGGGUUGCCGGCGACCCGCGGUGCACCAGCACAGAUCAUUGAGGAGGAGGAAGAGGAGGACGAGGAGUAG